AUCAAGUCAAAUAAUCCCCCCUUUAAUUCCCUCCAAAAAUGCGGUUCUUCAACUUCUUUUCCCUUUUCCUUUUUGUGUCAUUCCUCCUUUUAUUUAAGAAAUUGAAGAAUUCCAAUAGCCAAACCAAAAGAUUGCCUCCAGGUCCAUGGAAAUUACCUAUUCUUGGAAGCAUGCUUCAUAUGCUAGGUGGACUGCCACAUAAUGUCCUUAGAGAUCUAGCCAAAAAAUAUGGACCAACUAUGCACCUUCAACUAGGCGAAGUUUCUCUAGUUGUUAUUAGUUCUCCUGAGAUGGCAAAAGAAGUACUAAAAACUCAUGACCUCGCUUUUGCAAAUAGGCCUUUACUUGUUGCUGCCAAGAUUGUAUGUUAUAAUGGGACGGACAUUGUCUUUUCUCCUUAUGGCAAUUACUGGAGACAAAUGCGUAAAAUUUGUCUCUUGGAAUUGCUCAGUGCCAAAAACGUCAAGUCAUUCAACUCAAUUAGACAAGAUGAAGUUCAUCGUAUGAUUGAAUUUUUUCGAUCAUCUCCUGGUAAGCCAGUAAAUGUAACAAAAAGAAUUUCUCUAUUCACAAGCUCUAUGACAUGUAGAUCAGCAUUUGGACAAGAAUACAAGGAGCAAGACAAAUUUGUACGACUAGUCAAAAAAGUGUCAAACUUAAUGGAAGGGUUUGAUGUGGCUGAUAUAUUCCCUUCACUGAAGUUUCUUCAUGUGCUCACUGGAAUGAAGGCUAAAGUUAUGAAUACACACAAUGAAUUAGAUGCCAUUCUUGAAAAUAUCAUCAAUGAGCACAAGAAGACUUCGAAGAGCGAUGGUGAAUCCGGAGGUGAAGGUAUAAUUGAUGUACUGCUAAGACUUAUGAAAGAGGGAGGCCUUCAAUUUCCAAUCACUAACGACAACAUCAAAGCUAUUAUUCUUGUAAGUACUAUAUACUGCAUAUUUCUAUCUUCAUUAUUAGUACUCCUUCUAUUCUAUUUAUUGUGGAACUUGUUUUUAAUAUAUUCUACAAUGAAUAACGUAUUUUUAUGCUAA